AUGUAUAUUGAAGAGAUUGUAAGGUUGAAUGGUAUACCGUCGAGUUUCGUAUCGGAUAGCGAUUCAAGAUUUAUGUCAAGAGAUAUUUCGGAUCAUUCUCCUAUUCGGCUAAAUUGCGGUGUCAUUGAUUGGGGUCCAAAACCUUUCCGUUUCAACAAUGCCGUGUUGGAACACGAAGGCUUCAAGGACUUCAUUAAUGAGGAAUGGGCGAAGCUAGUGGUCGACGGGAGGGGUGACUUCAUAUUGUUUGAAAAACCUAAAAGGUUGAAGGAAAGGCUUAAAAGUUGGAAUCGAGAGGUUUUUGGUUGGAUCGAUCUAAACGUUAGUAAUGAGGUGGAGACUAUAAAUGAUAUGGAUAAGUUGUUGGUGGAUAAUUUUGGAAGUGAUAUGGAAUCCGUGGUUGAAGCUAGAAGGAAGGCGUCCAAUAAUCUUUGGAAGUGUUUAAAUGUGAAUGAGAGUAUGCUUAGGUUUAAAUCAAGACAAUUCUGGUUAAAUGACGACGACAAGAACACUCUUUUUUUUCACAAUUCAUUAAAGGAUAGAAGAAGGAAGAAUGCUAUAUCGGUGUUGGAAGGUGCGGAUCAUUUUGAAAGUUUUUUCCAUGAAGAAAAUAAGUUUAGAGUUGUACCGGAGGGGAUUGAUCUUAAUAUCUUAAAUAAUGAGGACUGA